UCUAAUUCAAAGUGUGUGUUUUCUAGAGAGAGAAAUGGAGUUUUUGGUGGUGUCCACUGUUGUUGGAUGGUUACUACUCACUGCUGACUUAGCGAUGGGCGAUGUUGGUACUGCUACUUCCUACAAUCCUCCUUAUGUUCCAACCAAAUGCAAUGGGUAUAACACUGGACAAUUUCCCCCAGAUAAUCAAUUUGUGGCGGCUGGUGUUGAGGUUUGGGACAAUGGUGCAGCUUGUGGGAGAAAGUAUAGGCUGAGGUGUUUGAAUGGGGCUUCAAGGAGGGUUUGUAAAGAUGGGAACAUUGUGGUCCAGGUUGUAGAUGGAUGCCGUGGUAGCCCUUGCCCUUCAACCUUUCAACUGUCUAAUGAUGCUUUUGGGGCAAUUUCUCACACCCCUAAUGCCAAGAUCAACGUUGAAUAUGUCCUGAUCUGAGGUGGAGAACAUUCCAAAAUGAUUUAAGGGGCUGAGCCAGACCUUUCCGGGUCCCAACUUGCAAUCUAGUAUUUCUAUAUUUAGCCAAAUCAUUGUGCUAUAAUUCCAUGGACUAUUGAAAAACCAUAGUCCAUAGGAUUAUAGUAUAGGUUACCCUAUGUGUACUUUAAAUGCACCCGUAACAUCAAGAUACUGACUAGUGACUG